AUGGGUAUUGGGGUUGUUGUGAGAGAUCAUUGUGAUGAAGUACAUGCAGUUCUCGCUGCCUCCAGAAGUGGUAUCCCAUCUGCUGUUAUAGCAGAAUGUUGGGCUCUACUUAGAGCUGUGACCUUGUGCCACGAAAUCGGUUUGAGGUGUGUCCAAUUUGAGGGUGAUGUAAAAUUGGUUGUCGAUGCUGUUAAUAGGAUCUCUGUUGAUUGUUCUUGGUAUGGUCAACUCAUUGAGGAUAUAAAAGGUGCUUUGAUGGAUUUUCAGUACUGGUCUGUUAUGCAUGUGAACAGACAUAGAAAUCGAAUAGCGGAUGCUGCUGCAAAGUUAGGACUAAAGUUAAAUUCUGAACAAGUGUGGUUAGAGGAGGAACCUACUGAGGUUACUCCGUUUGUUAUUCUUGAUAAAUCAUCUUGUAUUCUUUGA